AUGACUCCAAUGGCGUCCAUUCGCUUUCGCAGACGCCCGCCGCCCGCAGUUGGCAUACGACAAAUUGACGGCUCUCCAGAUACCUCUAGUCCUCAGGGUGCCCCAGGUCCUCCAAAUAUUCCAGGCCCUCCAGAUCCUCCAGGUCCUCCAGAUCCCCCAAGUGUACCUGAACCUGCCGCGGAAGGGCCUGGCCCUCCAGAUCUACCCCAAUUACCUACUCCAGCUGCACCAUUAGCGCCAGAAGGUAUACCAGGACCUCUACCAAACCCAAUUAUACCAGAUCUACCUUCACUUGCUCCUCUAGGGCUGCCUCCACCUGCUCCUCCAGGGCCACCUAUAAUUUCUGCUUUGACUCCCCCAUCUGCUGCUCCGAGUCCUCAAUCUGCGUCUCCAAAUCCUCCAUCUGCGCCUCCAAGUCCUCCAUCUGCUGCUCCGAGUCCUCCAUCUGCACUUCCGCGCCCUCCUACGCUUCCAAACCUUCCAUCUACAUUUCCGAGCCCCCAAUCUGCGCCUCCAAAACCGCUACCACCUCCGAGUCCUCCACCUGCACUUCCAGGCCCACCUCCACCUCUGUCUCUAUCUUCACAGGCUCUAGCCUCAACUCCUAGCCCCUUGUCGGGUAUUACAACCACGACGGGGAGAGACCAAACAGCCCCAGCCUUCUCUUUCCAAAAUUCCGACUACACCACAUCGUUCGUCACCAUCACACUUUCGUCGAAACUUAAAGGGGAGGGAACUCCUGAAACUCUGACCACAUCGUCUGAAAGUACAAUUAUAGUAUUUUCAACUCCCACCGCCGAUACCAGUUAUGCUAUUCCGCCCGGGAUCACAAGCCAGAUCAUGGGGACAGGCGCGGCAAUAAGCCCGACGGCAAUGAUUACAACCACAAAUAAUGUCCCGGGCAAGCCGACUGCUAUAGCAAUGAACUCGGAAAAUAAUCGUGGCACACCAAUAGCAUCGACACUUCUCAUAUCUUUAGGUGUUAUUGCUGCGGUAUCAGUUAUUGUCGGAACUGCAGUGAUAUUUGUGAUGAAGAGAAAGAGGAAGCAAAGAAGACUGAAAGAACAGGCUUUUGAGAAGAAUGCGGCAGGAGGUGAGGUAGGCGGAUUUAGAUUCAUUAGAGAUACUGAACCCAUAUUACAUUUUUGA